AUGAGUAAAAGAGUUAAUGAAAUGGAAAACGGAGGUUUGGAUAAAAAGAUGAAAACUGACAAUAUUGAUAGUCAACUAUUAAAUCAUAAUAAGAAUGAUAAUGCGGCUGAAGUUGAAGACAAGGGUAGUCUUGCCGCAUCAGUUGCCAGAUUAGAUGAAGAAAAUAUGAAUGAAUCAAUGAUGGGAUUACAACAAUCAAGUAAACCUAUCCAUGGGUCAGAAGAAUGGCAUAAACAACGUAAAGAAAACCAUAAAAAUGUUGAAAGAAGAAGAAGGGAAAGUAUUAAUGCUGGUAUUAAAGAAUUAGCUUCAUUGAUUCCAACUUCUGAUACUAAUAAAUCACAAAUCUUACAAAGAGCUGUUGAAUAUAUCAAAAGAUUGAAGGAAAAUGAAACCAACAAUAUUGAAAAAUGGACUUUAGAGAAAUUAUUAACUGAACAAGCAGUUACUGAAUUGGAUAAUUCCAAUCAAAAAUUAAAGGCUGAAUUGGAGAAAUGUUAUAUUGAAAUAGAAAAUUAUAAGAGGUUAUUGGAGAAGAAGUAG